AGUUUUUCAGGCUGGGGAGACAGCAGCAGUCGGUAAUGAGCCAAAGAGAGAAGACAGCCGGAGAGAGGAAACGCCCGGUGCCCGUUAAAGUGUUGUCGGCUCAGCUGAGGGCGGCGGGGAACCGGAGGACAGCCGACAGCGGGGAUGCGUAUGUUAUCAGGCCGGGUGGGGGUCGCUCUCUGCUGGUCUCACUGGUGUGGAUGCAGGGAACUGUGCUGGAGGUCCAGCUGGACAGAAACACCGUCCUGCUGAUGGAUGAGACGGGAACCUUUGCUGUUCAAGGCGUCAACAACAUCCCCAAAGGGAAGCCAUGUUUGUCCCAAGGCAAAUAUGUCAUGGUGAUGGGUGUCAUCCAGGCCGUCUCCCCGGAGCCAGUCAUCCGUGCGGUGAAGAUGGCAGACCUCUCCGAGCUCGCCGCGCUUCACAGACGGAUGUGGAAGCUGGAGGUGGAGGACCUGCAGCAGGUGCUGGCCUGAAUGCAGAGCCGUCGGAGGAAACGCUGCCUUUCCUGGUGGUGGGACGACCUGCUCUUGUCAUGCGUGUCCAGCUGGGUGUGCGGUAUUGAAGUGAGUCUUGACAAAUGGGGGAAAAAAAAACUACCUCACAGGACUGAACAGCACAUUCUGCAAAGAUGUCAUGGCCCUGACCGGGAGGUGUGAUGCAAGAGUGACAAAGACUUUGACAUAAGAAAACAGUAUUUACACUGAAGUGUGACGCUUAAAUAACAGAAGUUAUUUCCCACUUGGCUCCUGCUCCAAUGAGAUUAGAGACUUUUAGAGAAGAACUGGAGCUGUAGGCCCCUCUGCUGGAUUUAUAGCUCUAAACACAUGUACCUGAAGUGCACCACCUCAGAACAGUUGCUAACACAGUUAAUUUAAAGGGUUAAACAGGGUUAAAACAGAAGUUAUCCAGCUAAAGGAACGAUCCCUCCAACCAUCUUCCUGAAAUGAUCGCUAAACUCGAUCCGCUAAUGCAGAAAAGGAACACCCACAGCGAGGCAUCUUGCAUCUUUAACUUAUCUUUGGAAAUUUCUUGUCAGAUUGCAGCACUAAAAUUAUAUUUGUAAUUUUUUAUUCAUUAGAGUGGCUGUCAGAUGGUUUUACAAAUAUUAAAGAUGGUUGUUUGAAAUAUUAACCAUGUUCAUUUCUGCCUGUGACACAGUAGUGGGAUGUGCAUUUAUACUCAGGUGUGUCCACUUCACAGUACUUUAUAUUUUAGAGGAAAACAUUGUACUUCAGUAUAAUAAUUUGACAGCUGUGGCUUGCAAAGACCUACGUAUAAAAUAUAUUAUGAACUAAGAUCUGAUCCAUUUUGAACUACACAACAGUUAAAAGCUGCUUAUAUAUUAAUGCAUCAGUAAGAAUAACAACAAAAUAUUAUAGAAUAACUCACAGGGGGAAUUUUUUCUGAAAUGAGGACCUUUCCAUUUUAUACUUUCAGUGCAUUUUGGGAACUAGUUUUACUUGUAAAGGAAUACUUUUACAGUGUGGUAGUACUAUUAAUUAAGGAAAAGAUCUGAAUACUUCCACCAGUGGUUACAGAUGUGUAAUA